GGCGACGGCAGCCCGCCCGCCCGCCCGCUCGCUCGCUCGCUCGCUCGCUCGGGCGUCCGUCCGGGCUCGCUGCGUCGGCGCGGCCUUGCGGAGGUUUCGGCCAUGGCGGGCGCCGCGGCGCGGAAGGCGCUGGACUACCUGCGCAGCAAGGACUUCCGCGACUACCUCAUGAGCACUUCUGGGGCCCAGUCGCCAACUGGGGGCUCCCCAUCGCUGCCAUCAAUGACAUGAAGAAGUCACCGGAGAUCAUCAGUGGUCGGAUGACGUUUGCCCUCUGCUGCUACUCAUUGGCGUUCAUGAGAUUCGCCUACAAGGUCCAGCCUCGGAACUGGCUGCUCCUGGCCUGCCACGCCACCAACGAAGUAGCACAGCUGGCCCAGGGGACCCGGCUUAUCAAAUACGAGUUCGCCAAGAGGACAGCGUAACGGGGAUGACACUCCGACUUCGGCAGGGAUGCUAGUUUUGCUAACUUUUUCUAGCAAUAGCGGAAGGCCCCCAGAUCAUCUCUUUUUGCUGCUUUCUCUACAGCACAUUUCCCUUUCCCUCUGUCCCAGUAGCUCCAUGGUUGGCCUGCAGGAAUGUCGAUAUGCUCUGCUAGGGUUUCUCUCAGGAGAGCAGAAACAAGUGUGUGACUGUUGGUUUUAGUGAUGGCAGCGGGCCCGCACCACCUCCUGCCAGGACCCUAAGAAGCCCCC